CUGAAGAACUUUACAGCCGAAUAAAGAACAAGAAUGUUUUCUGUGGAGAUGUUCAGAGGUUUCGUCAACGAGCGGCUAACUGCUGCAGCUGAGGAAAUAUGGGACGUUUUUUCAACAGCUGUCGUCGAGUACGAGGCAGAGAUCAACCGUCAGCGCAGGAUGCUGGACAUCGUUUGGAAACCUCACAUCCACUUACACAGAAUAGACGUCCCACAGCAACAUGUGUGUAAGGAGGAGGAGGUUGUGGCUGAGCAGCAGCGCUGUCACCAGGACAGGGAGUCCAGUCUGGACCAGGAGGAGCCAGAGCCUCCACAGAUUAAAGAGGAGCAGGAGGGAGAGCAGCUCAAACAGGAGGAGACUGACAUGUUGAUGCUGACUCCUACCCAGGAGGAAAGUGAGCACAGUGAAGCAGAUGGACAACAUGAACUCCAGCUCCUUUCUCACAACUCUCAUGUUGCUGAGAAUCAAAACCCCAAAGAGAACAAGCAGAAAGACCCAGAGAUAACUGGAAAAUCAAAACCAAGACAAGAGAAAGACAGGAAACACACAGAUGCAAAUGGAGAUGCACAAGCAGACGGACAACAUGAACUCCAGCUCCUUUCUCACAACUCUUAUGUUGCUGAGAAUCAAGAUCCCAAAGAGAACAAGCAGGAAAGCUCAGAGAUAACUGGAAAAUCAGAACCAAGACAAGAUAGAGACAGAAAACACACAGACGUCCCACAGCAACGUGUGUGUAAGGAGGAGGAGGAGGUUGUGGCUGAGCAGCAGCGCUGUCACCAGGACAGGGAGUCCAGUCUGGACCAGGAGGAGCCAGAGCCUCCACAGAUUAAAGAGGAGCAAGAGGGAGAGCAGCUCAAACAGGAGGAGACUGACAUGUUGAUGCUGACUUCUACUCAGGAGGAAAGUGAGCACAGAGAAGCAGAUGGACAACAUGAACUCCAGCUCCUUUCUCACAACUCUCAUGUUGCUGGGAAUCAAGAUCCCAAAGAGAACAAGCAGAAAGACUCAGAGAUAACUGAAACAUCAAAACCAAGACAAGAGAGAGACAGAAAACACACAGGUGAAAAGCUGCAUUCAUGUGAAGCUUUUGGAAAAGGCUUUAAAUAUAACUGUAAAUUAAAACAACACAGGAGAAGACACACAGGUGAGAAGCCUUUCUCCUGCAGCACGUGUGAAAAAAAAUUCUCUCAGAAAUCAAAUUUUACUCGGCACAUUCUUACUCACACAGGUACAAAGCCGUACACCUGUGAUAUCUGUGGGAAAUCAUUUACACAAAAAUAUAAUUUGGAUAUGCACGUCAAAAUCCAUACAGGUGACAAACCACAUACCUGCAAAAAGUGCAACAAAUCUUUUAGACGUAAAGGUUGUUUGACACUCCACAUGAGAAGACAUGCAGGUGAGAUGCCUUACUCCUGCAGCACCUGUGGGAAAAGUUUCUGUCAGAAAUCAGAGAUGAAUAAACACAUUCUUAUUCACGCAGGUACAAAGCCGUACACCUGUGGUACCUGUGGAAGAGCAUUUACACAGAACUAUAAUUUGGUUAUGCAUGUCAAAAUCCAUACAGGUGAAAAACCACAUACCUGCACAAUUUGCAACAAAUCUUUCAGACAAAAAAGUACUUUGACUGUCCACGUGAGGAGAAAACACACAGGUGGGAAGCCUUCCCUGCAAUUUCCACAUAGGACUGCGCCACACACCGAUGCGUCGCAGAUUUUCUCCGACAGAAGGCGAGCGACCCCGCCCACUGGAAGCAUGUCUAGAGCCCAGCGCCGCAGUAUGCAGCCCUGAUCAGCAGGCAGAGAUUACAGGAUAACUGCGAGUUUACGCAGGAAUAGUAUGUCAAUCGUAAAUAAUUUUACCUUUUGGGCUUAAUUUAUCAUCCUUUCCGGUGUAAGUCCGUGGUAUUACUGCUUCCAUCAUUGGGUGAGUACAUUAGGAAGUUUAAAGGUUAAAGUUUGCUUAAAGGAUCUGUGGUUUAUGAAAAAUUCUUUGCCUAAAUAACCCCAAAAGUUAACUUUUUCUCAUCAAUGGCGCCAUUGUAGCUCUGUGACCAACUGAUCUCUUCGUGACCCUUUGCUCUUGCUGCAUGAUGAGACGUAAUGUUAAUAUAGUGCUGAUUUAUGAUCGGGAGUCUGUGCAUUGUGUUGUAUUUUGAAAGAACUGGAUAUUCUACGCUUGUGACUUCCUCUUCUGGAGCUUUCUGAUCGACGGGUAUUGACACAGUUUGGCAGUGGUCGGUGCUAAAAAUAGUAGGGCUGGGUAUUGCUACUGAUUUCCUGAAUUGAUUUGACUCUGAUUCUCAAGGGCCCGAUUCCAUUCUCGAUUCAAUUUUAUAUUCAUGUAGGGAUAUUUUAGUUUUAAAAAAAUCCCAUGUUGUUUCUACAUUAAAGACAUUCUCAGAGAACUUAGGUUGGAAAUAGUACAAAAAUUGUUCCAACUAGGCGCAUUAUUAAAAAAUUCAGGGUUAGCAUAAAACUUGACCCUAAACUAGUAGUAUUUACAUCACUAUUGUACCUCCAUGUGGCCCAUCCUGGAUAUUGUCUUUUUUUUCACUUUGCCUCUGUAUUUGUAGUACUUCAAUCCAAAAUGCAGUCAAGUUUGGAGGUUCCUUCAGUGGAGCAGAGCUGCCAGGCUCCACCAUGUUUGUUUUUACAGAGAUACAGUGCUAAACAAAUUUGUUAGACCACCUGUCAUAAUUGUCUCAAAGACCA